AUGGACUUUAAAUUUGACCCAGGGAGUGUGAGUGUGAUACCACUUUGGAUUACAUUCCCAAGCCUUCCCCUGGGGUUCUGGUCUACGGAAGCACUUAGCAAACUUGCUAGUGUUGUUGGUAAGCCGCUGUACACAGAGAAGAUCACAGCUGAAAUGGAGAAGGUAUCUUAUGCUAGAGUGUUGGUGGAAACUGAUAUCUCACAGCCACUUCCAGACAGUUUUGAAAUGCAAACAAAGAAGGGAGUUAUACUUCAGCAAAUAGAGUAUGAAUGGAAGCCGAAAUUCUGUUGUGAAUGCAUUAAGUUUGGGCAUAAUUCAGAUGAUUGCUGGCUCAAGGAGAAGCAAAGAAAGGUGGAUGAAGGAAGGGCCCAACCAAAGGAAACAUGGAACAGGAAACAACAGCUCAGGAGGAACAUGAAAUGGCUACCAAAAGAGAAAAAAAAGGAAGAAGAAGCAAGUCAACAGCUUAAACCUGAAGGUGAAAGGAAACAGACAGGUGAUAAAGUUACUGAGAACUCUACAGAUAAAGGGAAGAUAAAGGGGAAGGGAGUUCAACAGAGUACUAUAGUCAUGGUACAAUCCAGGAACAGAUUUGAAGCUUUGCAAAUAGAUGAUGAUCCAGGGGGCGCUGGCCCAUCCAGCUUCACCAAAAAAUGA